AUGCCAGGAAUCACGCUCGUGCUCGACCCGAGUGCGCGGCUGCCCUUCGUCACGCCGCUGGUUCUGUCGAACAUGGCCGUGGAGCGUGGGGAGCCCGCGCCGGAGACGCGCUUUGAGGUGAAUGCACAGACCGCGGUCCGCGGCGCCGCCACGGCCGAGGGGCCGCUGCCCGUGCUGCGCGCGCUCACGCAGCAGUAUGCCGGCCUGGGCCUCGCCGGGAAGAGCGCCGAGGACCAGGCGUCCGUCGACGCCUACCUCGCGCAGUCGGAUGCGCUCGCCGCCGCGCCGUUCCCGGUCGCCCUGCAGAGCGCCGACGACCUCGACCAGCACCUCGCGCUGCGCACCUACCUGGUGGGCCAUACCGUGACGGCCGCGGACGCCGCCAUCUGGGGCGCGAUCCGCUCGUCGUCGCCGCUGCUCGGCAUCAUCAAGAAGCAGGCGCACACGCACCUGGCGCGCUGGUAUGCGCAUGUGGAUGCCCUGCCGGCCUUUGCGGACGCCGUGACAGCCAUGUCGGACGCCAAGAGCCAGAUGUUCAAGCAGAAGAAGACGGCCGCUGGCUUUGACCUGUUCCUCCAGGGUGCCAAGGAGGGCGAGGUCGUCACGCGGUUCCCGCCGGAGGCCAGCGGCUACCUGCAUGUGGGCCAUGCCAAGGCGGCGAUCCUGAACCAGUACUUUGCCAAGGCGUACAAGGGCCGCCUGAUCAUCCGCUUCGACGACACGAACCCCAGCAAGGAGAAGCAGGAGUUCGAGGACGCCAUCAUUGAGGACCUCGCCCUGCUCGGCAUCCAGGGCGACUCGCUCUCGCACACGUCGGACUACUUCGAGCAGCUGCGCGACAUGGCGCAGCGCCUGAUCCGCGAGGACAAGGCGUACGCAGACGACACGCCGCAGGAGCAGAUGCGUGCGGAGCGCAUGGACGGCAUCGCGAGCCAGCGCCGCAGCGCGAGCGUCGACGAGAACCUGCAGCGCUUCGAGGCGAUGCUGCAAGGCACCGACGAGGGCCGCAAGUGGUGCCUGCGCGCCAAGAUGAGCGUCGACAACCCCAACAAGGCGAUGCGCGACCCCGUCAUCUACCGCUGCAACGUCGAUGUGCCGCACCAGCGCACGGGCACGACGUGGAAGGCGUACCCCACGUACGACUUUGCGUGCCCCGUCGUCGACAGCCUCGAGGGCGUGACGCAUGCUCUGCGCACGAACGAGUACCACGACCGCAACCCCCAGUACGAGUGGUUCCUGCAGGCGCUCGGCCUGCGCCACGUCGACAUCUGGGACUAUGGCCGUUUGAACUUUGUAUACACGCUGCUGAGCAAGCGCAAGCUGCAGUGGUUCGUCGACCACGGCGUAGUGAGUGACUGGAGCGACCCCCGCUUCCCGACGGUGCGCGGCAUCCGCCGCCGCGGUAUGACGAUCGACUGCAUCCAGCAGUUCAUCCUCUCGCAGGGCCCGUCACAGCAAAUCAUCAACAUGGAGUGGGACAACAUCUGGGCACUGAACAAGCGCCUGAUCGACCCCGUGGUGCCGCGCUUCGUCGCGCUGCCCGAGGCGCAGCUCGUCAAGGCGACCAUCGCCGGCGCGCCGCCCGCGCACGAGAAGCAGGUGCCGAAGCACAAGAAGAACGCCGAGCUCGGCAUGAAGACCACCGUGUACGACAGCCAGAUCCUGCUGGAGCAGGCGGACGCCGCGAGCUUCGACGAAAACGAGGAGAUCACGCUCAUGGACUGGGGCAACGUCAUCGUGCGCCGCAAGUCGGUGGACGAGGCGGGCGUCGUGACCGGCCUGGAGCUCGAGGCGAACUUCGACGGCGACUUUAAGGCGACGAAGAAGAAGGUGACGUGGCUCGCGCAGCCGACCGAGACGCGGCACCUGACGCCUGUGACGCUGCUCGACUUUGACUACCUGAUUACGAAGAAGAAGCUCGAGGAGGAGGACAACUUCGUCGACUUCCUGACGCCGCAGACGCGCUUCGAGACGCACGCGCUGGCGGACGCAAAUGUCGCCGCGCUCAAGGAGGGCGACCAGAUCCAGUUCGAGCGCAACGGCUACUACAUCCUCGACAAGGUGCAGGGCGCCGACGGCCGUCGCGAGUUCAUCAGGAUCCCCGACGGCCGCGCCGCCUCGAGCGCAAGCAAGGCGGCGCCGGACGAGAACCCCGAGCAGAAGAAGGCCGCCGCGGCCGCCGCGCGGGCCCAAAAGGCAGCGAACAAGAAGAAGAAGGCCGAGGCCAAGGACCCCGUGCAGCAGCUCAUCGAGGAGGGCACGAGCAAGGUCAACAUGUACAAGGCGCCACUCGUCAACCAGCCCACCGACGUGCCCGUUCGCACGUCCAUGUACAAGGUCGACCCGAUUCUGUAG